UCUAAGGUCUCUUCCAAGGCCCUCUGGAGUCCAGCCCAUAAUGAAGGUCUUGGCUGCAGGGAUUGUGCCCUUACUGCUGGUUCUGCACUGGAAACACGGGGCGGGGAGCCCCCUUCCCAUCACCCCUGUAAAUGCCACCUGUGCCACACGCCACCCAUGCCACGGCAACCUCAUGAACCAGAUCAAGAAUCAACUGGCUCAGCUCAAUGGCAGUGCCAAUGCUCUGUUCAUUUCCUAUUACACAGCUCAAGGGGAGCCGUUUCCCAACAACGUGGACAAGCUCUGUGCGCCCAACAUGACAGACUUCCCUUCUUUCCAUGCCAAUGGGACAGAGAAGACCAAGUUGGUGGAGCUGUAUCGGAUGGUCGCAUAUCUGAGUGCCUCCUUGGCCAAUAUCACCCGGGAUCAGAAGAUCCUGAACCCCACUGCCGUGAGCCUCCAGAUCAAGCUCAAUGGUACUAUAGACAUCAUGAGGGGACUCCUCAGCAAUGUGCUUUGCCGUCUGUGCAACAAGUACCAUGUGGGCCACGUGGACGUGCCAUACACCCCCGACAACUCCAGCAAAGAAGCCUUCCAAAGGAAAAAGUUGGGCUGCCAGCUCCUGGGGACGUACAAGCAAGUCAUUAGUGUGGUGGUCCAGGCCUUCUAGACAGGAGGUCUUGAGUGGAUCUCAGGAGCAGGAUCCAGAUAUGGGGAGGGGGGCUCAAAAUGUGCUGGGAUUCGGGGCAUUGUUAAAUGCAAAGGGGGCUGCCGGCAGACCCCAGGGAUUUUCAG